AUGAACGCUGUUACUAAAACAGCUAUUUUCAGACCGCAAAACUAUUUUUGUCUCCUGCAAACUGCGUUUUUUCAUUCUACUCCUGUCUUGGAACGCAAACGUGGUUUCCCUCCGUGGAAGUUUUUGUGGGAGCGUGCUGUGGAAGAAUAUAGACGUAAAAGAGAAGAGGCUAAAAAAGCCAAAGUAAACCUGAAUAACUGCAAACAAGACUCCGAGAGUACACGUGAAAGCCAGUUUGUUUACGAUGAUAAAUACUUUGAGGAUGUAUUGUUUGGUGUACCACCACGAGGUAUCUAUUAUUCAAACUAUGAAGCUCGUGAGGAUUGGGGGUAUGGCUCUUCAUGGUAUUCUGGUUUCUGUAAGACCUCGUGGAUAAUAACACGUCGAUAUUAUAACAACGAUGAAGAGGUAGUAGAAGAAACAGAUGAAGAAGAUCCAGAACUAUACCGUCUAUACGAAGAUGAAGAGCUAUAUGAAUCUGAAGAAGAUCCAGAACUAUACGAAGAUGAAGAAGAAGAAGAAAGCUACAGUUCUAGUAACUAUACGAACCGGUGGAGAUCAAACUACGGUUUUGACCCAAUAGAAGCUUCGCAUAGAGAAACACUUGGUCUGAGUCCUUGGCCUCCCUUGAAAAUUGAAGAUGUCAAACAUGCAUAUCGAAAUUGUGCAUUAAAAUGGCAUCCUGAUCGUCAUGAUGACUCUACCAAGGCUGAGGCUGAAGCAAGGUUUAAGCUCUGCACUGUGGCUUAUCAAUCUUUAAUCCAAAAGCUACAGUCAGCUAAGAUUUCUUGA